CCGAGUAACGUCCAACAUCAGUCGCAUCACUCUUCUCAACUUUUCCGGGUUGUUUUCAGACUAUUCAAAAUUAUUUAGAUUCAUUUAGGUCAAUUAAUAUUUUUUAAAGUUUAAUACUUUUUCGGUACUUGCAUUGCAUAGAAAACCGUUUACACCACGCCAUUGAAAUAUGACAACGUCAUAUUCUGAGAAUAUCCGGGUGAGAUACGUAUCUCAAGGAUGCUCGAAAGCAACAUUUUUCAACACUGUAAUUUGCAUAAUUUCUGUGAUUCUCCCAUAUUUACUCUGCUACAGAAGUCAAGGGUUUUGGAUUAAGCUCGAAAGAUUUCGAGAACAACCGGAAAUUUUGUGGAAGCAUGAAAUUCUUCUUAUUUUGGAUGCCAAAGAUCAAAAUGGAAAAUCGGAAAGUCUGAUUUGGACCACUUUUCCAGGAUUAAAGAGCAUGUUAUUGGGAAAUGAGUUGACGCCAUUUGUAACUUCCAGGGAAGCAGAUUCAAACUUUGACAAUGUCCGAGAUUUCUUGGAAUUUACAAUUACGAUACCCAUCUCGACCAAUAUUUCCGUCUAUGGCAUCGAACUGAUACUUCUCUUUGAAUACAAGCUUCAUAGCUAUGCAAUGAUGGAAAUGGAAUCAAUGGUUUUUGUCAGUAAGAAAUUUGGCACGGUUGGAAAUGCGUACGAGUUUGUAGGUGACAUGGGUCUCGUACAGAAGGAACCCUUAUGGAACAGGUACAUCGAUCAUCGAUAUAAUUUCCCUGUGGUGCCAAGAGACAGUUCGAGACUUGAAGAUUAUAUGCUCACCAAUAUCAUGCAUGCAUAUGCACAUAGAAAUGUAAGCACAGUUCUGAAGAAUAAUUACGACUUGUGGUUGACGUCUCCUCACAUCUCCAGCGAAUUUUCCAUCAAAGGGAGGAUAAAUUAUAUUCAGGAAACGUACGAGUGUUGGGCUGGAUUGUGGGAAACUCUGAAGUGGGCGUGGGUUCAAUACUUUGCCGUGUUCAUUAUCACGUAUAUGAUUCUUAAAAAGUUUCAGGGGACUGUUCACAAGGCUAAAAUUUUUGACACUUAUUUGGUCGUUCCUUGGGAGAAACGGCUAGGAACACAACCGACGUUUUAAUUUAUAUUGUUUUGGUAUCAGAUAUUUUUUGAUUAUUACAAAUAAAUUAGGUUACGCGUGUUUUGUAUAGUGAUAAGGUGGUGGUAUCUGGUUAAUUAAUACCUUUGUAUUUAUAUUUCUACUUUUGUAUAUAGUAUAAACAUGAUUAAUUCCAUUCAUAAAGUCUUUUU